UAUUGGUUAUCACAAAUAUUGAUCUAUUCUUCUUUUCAAGAGUAUUUCUACUUGCUAACAUUUAAAAUAUACAAUCAAUAAUCAAAAUGUGGUUUUUUGGAAGAAAAAAUUCAUCUGGAUUUUCUGGGUGGUCUACAGCAGAAGAUGUUACUCAUGGAAUUCAUGGUACCGGCCUCACUGCCAUUGUCACAGGAGCAUCGAGUGGCAUUGGUGCUGAAACAUCACGAGUUCUUGCUUUACGCGGUGUUCAUGUUAUCAUGUUAGAUAAGAACCUGGCUACUGGAACAAAGGUUAGGACUAAAAUACUCGAAGAAACUCCGAGUGCUAAGGUCGAUAUUGUGGAGUUGGAUUUGAGCUCAAUGGCAUCUAUUAGAAAAUUUGCAUCAGAAUUUAAGUCUCUUAAUCAACCCUUGAACAUUCUCAUAAACAAUGCAGGAGUGUUAGGCUGCCCUUUUACUCUCUCCCAAGACAACAUAGAACUGCAAUUCGCGGUAAACUACUUGGGUCAUUUUCUGCUGACACAUCUGCUGUUGGACACAAUGAAAAACACUGUACUUGAAAGUGGUAAAGAGGGGAGGAUUGUUAAUAUUGCAUCAGAAGGCCAUCGAUUCACAUAUCGUGAAGGAAUCCUUUUUGAUGAACUCAACAAUCCAUUAAGGUACUCUAGAUUUGCUGCAUAUUGUCAAUCAAAACUUGCUAUUAUCUUGCAUACCAGAGAGCUAGCAAAACAGCUUAAGGAUGAUGGGGUUGAUAUAACAGUUAAUGCAGUUCAUCCUGGAUAUGUUUAUACAAAUAUAUCAAAAAGCAGAUUAUUAGAUGUUAUAAACACGCUUUCGAGACCUAUUAUUAAUUGUUUAUUCAUGAAAGAUAUUCCACAAGGAGCAGCGACGACAUGCUAUGUGGCCUUGCAUCCACAAGUAAAAGGCAUAAGUGGUGAAUAUUUCAAUAACUGUGAUUUAGCCAAGCCUUCUAAGCAAGCUCAGGAUAUCACCUUGGCUAGGAAGUUGUGGGAGUUUAGCAUGGAAUUGGUCAAAUAAUGUGGUGAAUAUAACUGUUAAUUUGUUGGUUUUUGAUGUUAAAACUAAGUGUAAUGCAAUAUAACAUUGAAACUCAAUCAUAAAUAUUAUAAUUCUUUUCAUGUAUUUGGUACAAAAUAAUCCAAGUUAACGUCCUGUACUCCUGUUUUGUAAUAUGGUACCCCCCCCCCUUUUAACUCCGUGUUAUUAUUAUUAUUCUUGUUUAUAAUCUUUAUAAUUUGAAGUAAUCUUCAAAUUUAUUUACAAUUAUAGAAAGUAAUAGUGCUAUGAUGGUUAGAUGAGUAAUCAGUUUAAUCGGCACAUAAUUUUAAGAUAAUGUAUUAGAUGUAGUAAAAUAUUGUAUAAGUGCCGUUCAAAAAAAAAAAAUUGUAUAAGUGGGUUCUGAGAAUCAAAAUAUAAUCUCCACAAAAAAAAAAA